GUGUGCGUGGUAGCAAUGAUCUACAAAAGAUACUGCUUCGGCUCUCAAACGCCAGUUGUAUCCAACGCGGUUACCAAAAUGAACGCCCUACUCGUUCUCGCGGUCCUAGUGACCGUUAUUAUUUAUUUAUUGUACGUAUUAACUACCCGAAAGUUUGACUAUUGGAAAAAGAGAAAUGUGCCGUACCACAAACCUUGGCCACUUUUGGGUAACUAUGCAAAGUAUAUUCUGCAAUUAGAAUACCCAGGACAUACGAUACAGAAACUUUGUCAUAAAUUCAAGGAUCAACCAUAUUUCGGAACCUACUAUGGCACAGAACCUGCACUAGUCAUCACAAGUCCUGAUGUCCUCAAACAAGUUCUGACGAAGGACUUUUACUACGUGAACGGAAGGGAGUCGACAGACUACUGCGGAAGAGAAGUUACUACACAUAACGUGUUCUUCAAUGCAGGAGACAAAUGGAAGAUUGUGCGACAGAACCUGACUCCACUCUUCACGUCUGCAAAGAUGAGGAAUAUGUUCCACUUGAUAGAAACGCGCGCUCACGUGUUCGAAGACAUGAUUGACUACGAAACUGGUAUGUCCAAAACAAUUGAAGCAAGGCGAUUCAGUGCGAGAUUCACCAUGGACUGCAUAUGUUCUUGUGCCUUCGGAGUGGAAGCUAACACCAUGGCACCAAUCCACGGAGACGAUAACAACCCCUUCAGAUUCAUGGGCAAUCAAAUAUUUGAAAUUUCCUAUGCAAGGGGAUUAAAAAUUGUCUUCAGAGCUAUCUGGCCAUCUAUUUUCUACGGUCUGGGAUACCAACUUUUCCCGCCAGCAGUAGACCAAUUCUUUGGCAAACUAUUGAAAGGAGUGUUAGAAAGUCGCAACUACGAGCCAUCGAGUAGGAACGAUUUUAUUGACUUGAUUCUGGGUUUUAAGAAACAGGAUGUCAUAACUGGUGAUAGUAUAACCAGCAUGAAGACUGGUGAGAGCAAGAAAAUUACAAUGAAGGUUGACGACGAAUUAUUAUUGUCUCAGUGCAUUAUGUUCUUUGCUGCGGGUUACGAGACAUCCGCAGGUACAACGAGCUACACUUUAUUUGAGCUGGCGAAAAAUCCUGAAGCUCAGAAGCGAGCUGCUGAUGAAGUAGACGCUUUCCUUCGUCGUCAUAACAACAAAAUCAACUACGAUAUUGUGCACGAAUUGCCUUUCCUUGAAGCUUGUGUUUACGAAGUUCUUCGCAUGUACCCGGUCCUAGGCAACUUAACACGUGAAGUUAUGGACAAUUACGUGUUACCUUCAGGGGUACAGCUAGACAAAGGAGUGAGGAUCCACGUCCCAAUAUACUAUCUUCAUCACAAUCCGGAGUACUUCCCAGACCCAUUCUCGUUCCAACCUGAGAGGUUCUUACCAGAGAAUAAGGAUAAAAUCAAGCCAAACACAUUUUACCCCUUCGGUGCGGGGCCUAGGUUAUGUUUAGGCUUGAGGUUCGCGAAAAUGCAAGUGAUGGCCGGCCUCGUCACCGUCCUGAAGAAAUACAGGAUGGAGCUAUCAGACAACAUGCCCAGAGACUUGAUCUUCGAUGCCAGAACCUUACUCACGCAGCCCAAAGACCAGGGUAUUGAUCUAAGGUUCAUUGAACGAGAAGGAUGGGAAAGUAGGAAAUAUGUACGAGCGUUGUCUAUGUGUGCGUGUGUGCUACAAUGUUGCAGUUACGUGUGCGUGGUACCAAUGAUCUACAAAAGACACUGCUUCGGCCCACCAACGCCAGUUGUAUCCAACGCGGUUACCAAAAUGAACGCCCUACUCGUCGUCGCGGCCCUAGUGUCAACUAUUAUCUAUUUAUUGUACGUACUUACUACCCGAAAGUUCGAUUAUUGGAAAAAGAAAAAUGUGCCGCACCACAAACCUUGGCCGCUUUUGGGCAAUUACGCUAAAUAUAUUCUGCAAUUAGAAUACCCGGGACAUACGAUACAAAAACUUUGUCAUAAAUUCAAGGAUCAGCCGUAUUUUGGAUCUUACUAUGGAACAGAACCUACCCUUGUUGUCACAAGUCCUGAAAUGAUCAAACAUGUUCUGACGAAGGACUUUUACUACGUGAACGGCAGGGAGUCGUCGGACUACUCUGGAAGUGAGAUUACGACUCAAAACGUGUUCUUCAAUGCAGGAGACCGAUGGAAGAUUGUUCGACAGAACCUGACUCCACUCUUCACGUCUGCCAAGAUGAGAAACAUGUUCCACUUGAUAGAAAAGUGCACUCACGUAUUCGAAGACAUGAUAGACUACGAAACUGGUAUGUCCAAAACAAUUGAAGCAAGGCGAUUCAGUGCUAGAUUCACCAUGGACUGCAUAUGUACUUGUGCCUUCGGAGUGGAAGCCAACACCAUGGCACCGAUUCACGGAGACGAUACCAACCCCUUCAGAUUCAUGGGCAACCAAAUAUUUGAGAUUUCCUACGCAAGAGGAUUCAAAAUUGUCUUCAGAGCUAUCUGGCCAUCUAUUUUCUACCGCCUAGGAUACCAGCUUUUCCCGCCAGCAGUAGACCAAUUCUUUAACAAACUAUUGAAAGGAGUGUUAGAAAGUCGCAACUACGAGCCAUCGAGUAGGAACGAUUUUAUUGACUUAAUUCUGGGUUUUAAGAAAGAGGAGAUCAUAACUGGUGAUAGUAUAAGCAACAUGAAGACUGGUGAGAGCAAGAAAAUCACUAUGAAGGUUGACGAAGAAUUGUUAUUGGCUCAGUGCAUUGUAUUCUUUGCUGCUGGUUACGAGACAUCUGCCGGUACAAUGAGCUACACUUUAUUUGAGCUGGCGAAAAAUCCUGAAGCUCAGAAGCAAGCUGCUGAUGAAGUAGACGCUUUCCUUCGUCGUCAUGGCAACAAAGUGAACUAUGAUGUUGUGAACGAAAUGCCUUUCCUUGAAGCUUGUGUUUACGAAGUUCUUCGCAUGUACCCUGUUCUUGGCAACCUGACUCGAGAAGUUAUGGACACUUACGUGUUACCUACAGGUUUACAGCUCGACAAAGGAGUGAGGAUCCACGUACCAAUAUACCACAUUCAUCACAAUCCUGAAUACUUCCCAGACCCAUUUUCGUUCCAACCUGAGAGGUUCUUACCAGAGAAUAAGGAUAAAAUCAAGCCAAACACAUUCUUCCCCUUCGGUGCGGGCCCUAGGCUAUGUCUAGGACUCCGAUUCGCUAAAAUGCAAGUUCUUGCUGGCCUCGUCACCAUAUUGAAGAAAUACAGAAUGGAGCUAUCAGACACCAUGCCAAGAGACUUGGUCUUCGAUGCUAGAACAUUCCUCACGCAGCCCAAAGACCAGGGUAUUGAUCUUAGGUUCAUAGAACGCGAAGGAUGGGAAAGUAGAAAAUAUGUACGAGCGUAAACUGAAAUAUUCUGAUUAAUAGAUAAAUUGUUUUGUUGAAAAAGUCUACUCUACAAGUUUGAUUAACGGUAGUUUCUAUAAGCUAUCCAUCCUUUAUUUGGGAUUAAAGAUUGAAUUUUGACGUAACUUCCACGUAAAUGAUGUCUUUCUAUUUUUAAUCGCAAAACAAAAGAUAGGUAGGUUAUAGAAAUCUGUUGCUUUUAAGGGACUUAGCACGAGCCUUCUGAUGUAAAGACCUUAUAUUCAUGUAAGUGAUUUUCUAAUCACUCAUUUUUUUCCUGAUGUCCGAUUCGAAAAUCGGCUACAUGAAAAUAAGCUUACAUUGGUCGGUUUGUGUUAUGUUCCUGAAAUGACGGUAAUAGGCAAACCCAAUGGAAAUUGUCUGAUUCCUUAUUUAAUUUUUAAUUAAAUGAUUGAAUUACAAGCAAA